AAACCUUCUUCUACCGUUCUUCUAUCGUUCUCCUCCCGUUUUAUUACCGACUCUGGCCGCCGUGUCAUGCGUGUACGCGCGUAUCAUCUAUCAAACGAUGGUGCACGUUUAGGGAACUGCGAACGCGACACCAGCUACUUUCGACGACGACGACGACGACGUCGUCGUCGUACACUCGACUAAUACACGAAAGUUUUGUCCGAAUCGAUACGCCCUCCGGUUGGCGUUCCGCGUAUCUCUCUUGUAACGUAGUACAACGUUCUUGUUCCUCCCUGCGUACGCGAGAUUCGCGAUCUGUCGCACAUUCAAGUAUGUAUUUCGUUUCCCUCUCCGCUGUGUAAUUCAUGCGAUAUAUAAUUACGCCCCACGCCGAUGCUUCUCUGUUCCGUUUCCGACUCGUACCGCCGUCGCCCAUGACCCGUUCUACUCGCGUAUAAAUCGAGUAUGAUCUAAUCACGGAAAAUCGCGCGCGAGCUUUAAGUUAAAUCGUAAAACACGACGAAUAACAAUGCGCGUUGUCGCAUUUGUGUUUUUCUAUUUUUCAUGCGUGUAUCUGAAGUUUGUAGGCAGGGUAAUGUCUGCCGUGUAUCUCGUCUUCGAACCGUCUCACGGUCUCGCGCUUUGUAUCCACGAUAAAAACGUAACGGAAAUCAUUAUCAGUACGAACGAUACAUCUCGUACGAAGAAUUUUACGAGCCUACUACGCUUAUCCGUCGGCGAAGUACUCGCUACUUAUGUACGCGUGUACAUUCUAAUUCUCUUGUCACGUUUCAAGAUUGAAACUCUCGUCUCUAAACUGAAAAUCGAAUGCGUAUCGCGAAACUUAAUUUACGACUAACAUUAAGUAGAUAGAGUGCAGCCGUCCGGUUCCUCGCGCAGUUCUAUUGCUCGUCGAGUCAGCGACGAUUCCUAGAUCAGACGCUGUUCCGGACGAAACAGCCGAACGCGUUUUCGAGUCUCGUGAGCAGCAGUGAAGACAAGGGAGAACGCUGAAAGCGGCGGUCGGUUUUCGAGAGAAGGAGGUCCCGACCCCGACCCGCCGCGCCCUGCCGCUGCCUUCGAAGAGACCGCCUUUUGUCGGUCCGACCCUUUAAGGCUCGAGGUUUACGGCCCUGUGUCCGUGAGACACCAGCUGGUGGAAAAUCGAAAACUUGGCAGCUGCCGCCCCUUCUCGACCGGCAUAAAUUCCGAGCCUUUGUGCUGGCACCAGCCUUAGCCCUAACCUCGGUCUCGGCCGUCGUCGGUUCGAAUAUGCAGGGUGCACCAUGUAUGCCUGUACCACUGUUGUCCUCCUAUGGGUCUCCGCUUCGUUGAAAAAUUUCGGCCCAAGAUAUACCGAUCGUGGGAGGUUCCCACGCCUCUGAUACGUCACCGCAUAUUCCUCGUUAUCGGGGGGUUGGUGAAGAAUUUUGGAUUUGGAUUCUGCGACUCCGUUACAGUGGCGUUUGGGGCUAGAAUAGGGAAUAGAACGGGAAUCAGAAUCAGACCGCGUUGUCUCGGCAGUUUUUGCGACGAUGGUCCCAUCUCGAGAGUCGCUGCCAUUGCGGAGAGGAGUUUAAAGGUAAACGGGUUUCUCUCUCGGACCAAAGACCGCCGCAACAUCGGGAGGUUCUGGUCUUUCACGUUACACUCGUCCACGUUUCUUUCUCCUGUUCGAAAUAGCUUAUGAGACUAUGUUCAUCCACCGUUGUAGGACAACCCGUGUUCAACGAUUCGUUUCGUGGAAGAUUUAUUCGCACGAGUCUAUACGAUUAUCACGAAUAUCGUCUACCGACUCGAAAAUUGAAAUAUAUCGUUUUAUUACGUACAUGCAUUUUCUAUCGUAUAGGCUUAUCUUCUGUUGUUGUACGCAGCGAUACCCGUAUCUUCCCGCGUGACAUGUGGCGUGUUCACCUGGUGCCUCUGUGCGAACCACCUAUUCUUGAUACCACGUAGAUGUAGCGUUACUUCUGCUCGAAGUGAUUUUGUCUUAUAUAGACCAGCGUUCUUAGUUAUCCUAGCUAUACGCGAUGCGGUACGUAAAACAUUUCAAAUUAGUACAUUUAGUAUACCAAGGACCGAAAAUGGGCUUUUCCAAGCAAGGUUGAUACUACGACUGCCAUGUCGUGCUCAAAUCAUCAUCCGAGUUUUAAGAAGUCCAUUCGCCCCAUGUUGUUCACCCUAUUUUUUAUAAAAAGUGUAUAAAGAAGACCAUUCUUCGUUGUUUACAGAUUGGAUCGAGGAUAUAGUUCUUCGAGUCGUCCGUUCAAUUAAUUGUAUGACAUAUUACAUACACGUAUAUGUAUGUAAGCAUAUAUAUAAAAAUACAUAAUACACAGCAAGCAUGUAUACAAUAUAGGAGUGAAAAUACUCAUUUUAGAGUUUCCUGAGCGUCAGAAAUAAAGUAGGCCAUAAAUGGUCGUAAAAUUUAAGCCUUAGGACCGAAAAUGGCAUUUUCGCUUCACUUUAUCUCUGACCCUCGGAAAACUCUAUUUUCGCUUCACUUUAUAGGCACUGAAAAUUGUCUUUUUUAUGCACGUGUUAUAAAAAAUAUUUAUUAUCCUAUCGAUACAAAGAGAGGUGCUCGAAUCUCGGUGAAAACGAAGUAUUUCUGCGAGUGUAGGUUUAUUUGAGAAGCUUCAAGUUCGAGGGCGAGGGUGGUAUCGUAUUCCAUCGUGUCGUUAGAUGCGUCGCGGUUAUCGGUGAUAGUCUUUUCUUUCCGUUGCGGGGUCAGAGCCUAAAGCAACGGGGCCUGGAUAUUCCGGUUCGCUUAAUCGGUUCCUCGGACUUCGGAUCGCGUCUCUCUCUCUCUCUCUCUCUCUCUUCUUUCUCCCUCUCAUUCUUUCUCUCGUUUCUUCUCUUUCUGUUGGUUCGCCGCGAGAAGGAAAAUACGAAGAAAAGGAUGCCACGCCGCUCGUUGGGCUGGCGUUAGGCCGGCCCAAACAGACCCAAAAUGGUGUGCCUUCUAGCGUCCACAGAACGGUGGAGGAACUGUUGGAAGACUAUACCAUUAGAAUAAAGACGCGUGUAUAAAAGAGUUUCGAAAGCCGUUGCCGUUUCCCGAUAACAGCCGUACGCUCGGGACUCUCGGGAGGAGUUAGCGCGGACGUGCGCACGUUUCGAACGAAGGGGGCUAUCGGGUAUACUGCUGGUGGUGUACGAAGAAUCGGAGAAGCCGGGCAGCGAGAUUAACCUCCUUCUUCUCCUCCUCCUCCUCUUUCUCCGCCUCCUCCUCUUCUAUCUCCUUACCCUGCCAUCAUCUUCCCGUGUCGACCACGGAAACGAGUCGGGAGAAUACGAAAAAGGAAGACCAGCUCGGUGGUUACGUUGCGGAAGAGAAAAAGUAAGAAGGGCGGUGGUAAAAGAGGAAGGUAAAUAGAGAGAGAGACGGGGGGAAUAGGAGGAGAGGAAGAAAGAGUGAAGGGGAGUGGACGAGGGUAGAAUAAUAGUAGGAUCCGAACGAGCGCGCGAAGGGAAAGGGAAUGAACGGCCCUGGAAGUCAUCAGCAUCGCGGCGGCUUGGGCUUGGGCUUGGGCUUGGGCAUGCAGGGACGAUACAGGGCCGUGGUAAACGGUGGCAGUUCGGCGGGGCCCCAUCCACGGCUGCCGGCGCCACCUCACGCUCGCGGUGGAUGGCACCCCCAUAAUCAACACCCUCAGCACGCCCAGAUACCUCAGCAAUACAACGGCAACAAGGAAUACCCGUAUCGACAAUGUCCACCGCCGCCGCCGCCACGCUUUCAUAACGGGGACUGUCCGGGCGUCGGUACCUCUUCCGGACCAAACGGUAAGGAGGUGGUCUCGUAUCACGGGAACGUAGGCGGGUCUACCGUGGGGUACAAAUCGCCCCCGCAACACAGUCCACAAUCGAGAGGUCCACCUGCGCAUUUUCCGCAAGAGUCCGUGGGCCCACCAGCCAAUUCUCCGCCGUUGCACAUCAACAUUUGCGGUCAAGAGAACACGAUGCGCGGACCGUUGUUGAACAUGAGUCCAGGACUCGGAGCUAGCGGCGUCGAUAUGGAGUAUCGUAGAAGUUCGCAAGCCACGAAUCAGCUACCUUUGAGUCCUGUACAGAUCCAACCAUCGCCGCCAUACUACAGACAGCCUAGUCAAGACGACGGUAGAAAGAGCGAGUCGCCAUCGAGGAAACGACGGCGAAUUUCUCGGAACGGUGCCGUUUCCGGGAUAGAGGUACGAGAAACUACGCCGCCGUCACCCACGCCACCUUUGCACGCCACGCCGCCGCCGUGGGAGUUCACCGCGGCCUCUCAGAGACGGUCGCCACGGAAUCACAUGUCGACGCGCGGAAGCCCUACCACGAUCAGGAAUCGUUAUCAGCGAUACACGGACUCGUUCGGUCUGUCUUAUCCCUUCGUGGCUGGUCCGCACACCCCGCAUCCGCCCCCCAUUCACGGUUCCCACCACGGGAUUCACGGUUCCCAUCACACCAUUCACGGUUCUCACCAUAAUCUCCACAACUCUCAUCACAAUAUGCAUAACGCGCAUCAGACGCAUCCGCAUCAUCCGGCGAGCGCUGGACAUCACCCAGCGCAAGGGGCUAACGGCGGACCCGUAGUCGUCGACGUCGGCCAAGUUGGUGUUUCCGGUUUGGGAGUAGCCGUUAGCGGCGAACCGCUCUGGCAUCCUCAGGCGGCUGGUUACAGGAUUCCUUGCCAGCUUCAUGGGAUAUACGCGCCGACGGGAGCGCACGCGUUCGCGCACUCCUGCCAGGUCACCCAUCAUCACGGUCAUUAUUCGCCAGCCCAUCCGACGCACCCAGGCCACAGCUUGGUCGGUUCGCUAGUUGGCACGGCAUCCAGGGGCUAUCCGACGCCGACCGGAGGUCCUGUUGCGGCCCUACAUCACGCUCACGCGCCUCCACCUCCCGUCCAUACCACCCAUUACACCGCGCAUCAUCAACUAUCCCAACAGCGAGAAGUAGAAUUGGAAUUGAUAGAAUCUCAUCAUCAUCAUAGAGUGGGAGCUACGGCUGGUACGCCGUUGCCGUUGCCGCACUCGUAUUCACCGCCGGCUCUCACUCAAGUCACCACUUCGACCCCUACGCCUAUAUUCCUGUCGGAAACGAGAAACAGUCAAUUGGAAAUGAUACAGAGCAGAACGCGACGCACGGCGUCGAACGUUCACACGCUCAGACGAUCGAGGUCGAGUAGAUGGAGGGGCACGCCUCCGAUACCACCGGCCACCUAUUCGGGAUUCUUGCUACACUUCUUCGCGAUGCUCAGCAACCCACCGUUAUCUCCGUACAGUCAAGCGGAGCUGUCUUCGCCGGAUUCCGCAACCGAAAAUUAUGAGGCCUUGCUGUCGCUGGCGGAGAGGCUGGGAGAGGCUAAGCCGCGAGGACUGACCCGCGCCGAGGUGGAACAGCUACCGUCGUACAAAUUCAAUGCGGAAACACAUCAGGGAGACCAAACGAACUGCGUCGUCUGCAUGUGUGACUUUGAGGCGUUGCAGUCAUUGCGCGUGCUCCCGUGUUCGCACGAGUUCCACUCCAAGUGCAUCGACAAGUGGUUAAAAUCGAAUAGAACAUGUCCGAUAUGUCGCGGUGAUGCUUCGGAAUACUUUGGAAGUAACGGAAGUGGUAGCGACUGACGCCAAGCUACUCGUGUGCACUAGCGCCAACUACUGUCGCGGGCCACAGAGAUGCUAUUCACCACGGAACUACCAGCGAUCGCUUUGAUGGUUUGUGCAAAUUUCUGUUGUCGAGGGUUUCUCGCGUUUUCCUCGACCGAGCGGUUCGGGCGGUCCGGCUUGAACGGCCCCGGACCCUAGGGAACGGUGCAAGGUGUAAGGCGACGAAAGUGGAUUCGGGUGUGGGCUCCUUCAGAUCGAGUAACGGGGAGAACGAGCAGUGACAACAGGAGAAGAAGGAGAAGAGGAAGAAGACGGAGAAGAAGUCGAGUUCAGGGUAUGAUAUCAGGGUGUGUUUGGUGUCGAUGAAAGGACCAUACGUAGACACGCGUACGUGCAUACGCACGUAACGAAUCGAUUUCGCGUGCUCAUUUCGUCGUCUUUGUUUCGUUCUCGGUGAUACAGAAAGGUUAGAAUGGCAGAAGUAGUAAGGGAAGAGAGAACGCCAGAGCGUCAGAUACCGUUACGCGAUUUCAUUAAGGCUUUUGCAAAGUCCGACCGCGAUAAUUAUAAUUCUUUAUUUCGAUCGACGCGAUUCGAGUUCGCAAGUACGUCGUGUAUGCGCUCGUUCAUGUUUUCUUCGUUUUCUCCAUUUUACGCAUUGUUACUUCAUGGUAAGAAUCGGAUUCACGAUGAACGCGUACGUGACUGUUCGUUACGUAACGUGCGAACCGAUCGUCGGCUUUUGUCUCUUCCCGUUAAGCGGUUACAAAUUUUAUUAUUGCUUCGACAUUUGCCUUUUUUCGCUGUAUCCAGUCUACAUCGUACGUGCGCCCAAUUUGAAUUGGUCCCAUUAAGAUAGAAUACGUAUGCGCGCGCGAAGUCCCACCGAGUUUUAAGGUACUAUAUGUUCCUUUUUUCUUUUUCUCUUUUUCUCUCGACGACCAUUUUAGUGAACGUUGCUUUCUUUCCCUUCGAAUCGUGUCGACGAUGGAUAACACAAAUAUUUUUCAAACGAUUCGUGGAAUACCGUGGGAUUGGUUGGUUAUCGGUAUCCGAGACGACGACGAUGACGUCGACAAUGACGACGACGACGAAAAAAAACCGUUUUCUUCGUUUGCCAUUCUUUGGUAAUGAGAGACGAGUUUACGCUCGAAUCCUACCGAUCGCGGCAGACUAUCUGUAGAACGUAGUAGAAUGAACGGCGCAGAGGAAAACAAUAAACAGGUCGUAUAUCAUUCGAAUCGCGAAGAACCGAUGUCGCAGAACAAGGCGCAGAGAUCGAAAAAUUACAAGGGCAGAAAAUCGAGCUCUUCGGCGACAGUUACAUACACCUAGUCGUUACUUUCAAAGAAACGACUAAUAAAAGAAAUAAAUGAAUUAAAUGCGAGAAGACGCAAAGAUAAAUAAAAAAGAAUGAAAAGAACUACUGCUUCAGUUUCCUGCGUGUAUCUACCUCUAACUUUACAUAGAUGAAACGAAACGAUUCAUAUUUUUUUAUACACACAUCUCGUAAACGAUAAACGUACGUACGCUAAGAAAACUAAAGAAAGAAGAAGUGAAAUAUGUAAGUAAAGGGCAAUCGAGGAUUGAAUUGGGGAGAUGGAAAUCGAUAGAGAGAAGAACGAGCGAAACGGAGAUCUUUCCGAAUUUUCACAAUGUUAAAGGUAACGAUUAAAUUAAAGAUUAAGAUUUAUGCGAUGUAAGAAAUAACGCGUAUCUUUUACGCACGUACGGUCAAAGUGUGAGGUGGGAAAGGGAGAUCUUUGAUGUGAAAAGAGACGGGAAGAAGAAUACACCUGUAUCGAGCAGAAUUGCUACUACUCGACCGAGCGCACACGCACGCGCUUUAAUUAACGAAGCACGAUCAAUUUUCUCGUUGUACCAAUUUGGUUAGCAAAUUUUUUGUUACUCUUUAUAGUUCGAUUAAAUUGUUACAAAUCUAGUUAGAUAAUUACCGUUGUAAACUUCAAACGAUUUUAGUUUUAGAUUAGUAAAAUGUCAAGGAUGAUUUUCAAUGCCUUUGCCAGAGGCUACAAAUUGUUUCUUUCUCGUCGACCGGUCGAACAUUCACCCGCAAUAGCAGAAAUGAAAAGAAUCGACGAAUCUCGCCCAGCGUACGACGCUAACUAGCAUAGCGUGGUGCCUCGUUUCGGUUACGAGAGAUAAAAGUCGAAUGCGUUAUUCAACGUGACCAAAAGCAGGGAAUCGCGGAGAACGUUACGGUAAUCAUCGUUAUCGGGCUAUGUAUUUCUCACAGUGGUACACGGAGUGCCAAAUGGAGGCAAUGAAUUUCGAUCGAGUUUCGCUGAAAAUCAAAAGUCGAUUUCCUUUCCAGCCGCGACCUGUGCCCCUACGCGUUUCGUCGGCGUCGUUCAGUAGAGGCCGGUAGUCGAUGCAGAUCGCUCGCUGUCCGCUGCAUCAUAAACCUCGGCUCGUUAUCCAACAACACGUGAUAUCAAAAGUCGACGCGCGCGAGCGUGCUUUUUUCCAGCCGAAAGAUCGUUCGAAUUUCCCUAUACUUAUAGAUACGUUACGCGAGAGAACACGACACAUAUCACUUGUAUCCAAGCGUCUUGCACACUCGCCCGUUUCGUCACAUUUCACCGGGUCGAUUGGAGAAAGAAAAUAGGAACAGGCUCAUUUUUUUACUAGCUUAAGGCUGCGAAAGUGAGAACGAAAGUAACAAAAUCAGUGAGAGAGAGAGAAAGAGAGAGUGAGAGAGUGAAUGAUUGGCAUGCGCGGGGGAUUUGUCAAAAGGGACGAGCGUUCGAUUGGAAGAAACCGACGCUGAAAGUUUGCUCAGCAGGAUAAAUCUAAAAAAAAAACCGUCUUUCGGAUUUCUUUUAAUGAAUUUUAUAUGCGCGAUAACGAAAGCUAUACGCAGUAACGCUCCGAAAUGUUGGCCGUUCGGAAGCCCGUCGCAUCGCCUCUUCGAUAUACAUACGUCUAUGAGAGAAACUUUCUUUCUUCUGAUCUUUGAAUUUAGCUCUGGUCGCUUCGCUCCGUCCAACGCUCCGUCCCUUCUCUCACGCUUAGACUAAGGUAUAGCAUAACGAAACCUCCGUAACACGUAAAAGUACCUUAAGCACGGCACACCCUGAAACGCGCGCGAUCGGUUCCGGUGUCGAAUUUGAAAACCGAUCACACAGCAGCUAAUUCGAUCGUUGUCCUGCACCGAUUACCGGGAUAUCGCGCACGUUCGUGAAACCGACCGCGAAACCAGUACCAAAACUGAUUGUUCCGACAUACGUGCGAACUCGCGCGCGAGUUGCUUCUACACGUAAUACGUACCUAAUCGAUUUUAUAUUAAUUUGCAGUAAUUUGCUGUGCGUAACGAGUGAGAACAUGGUACUAGACGAGACGACGACGGACCAGCAUCUAUAGUUCGCGCGAUGCGAAUCAUACCUUUACCGGCCCCGUACCGUCUGUACGCGUACCAGUUUCCUUUACCCAGUUUUCUUUGUUCAUAAGCGUAGAUAGCUGCGAUCGCAAACGUUUUCCUCUCGCUAUAUACCGCCGCUUUUACUUUCGCAUUUCUUUCGCCAUCGGCACAAUCGACCGGGAUUAACUAUUUUACCUGUCGGAGUAAUAAACCUCGGGGACGAUCGAAACACUGUUCUCCGCCCAGGCAACUUGUAAAUAGGUUCGAUGUUUUUUUUUAUCACCGCUGUAGGUUCUGCAGCUGCCUCAAUUGUCAUCGCCGCUGCCGAUACCACGUACUAUUUUUCUCGUAAACGACGCCAAGUAUAGAAAAUGCGUUCCAACUACGUUUUUAUACAAAUGCUAUUUAACGUUUUUUAGUUGGUUCGUGAUAUUUAAUUCGUUUGUUAGUUAUCGUUGUUAUUAAUUAUUGUACCAUUAUCAUUAUUAUUAUUAUUAUUAUUAUUAUUAUUAUUAUUAUUAUUAUUAUUAUUAUCACGUUAUUAAUUUAACGAGAUACAACGGUUCGUUAAGUUUGUCGAUAAGUAGAUCGUAAUAUCUCUGAUACCGGGAAUAGAUCGUUAAAUAACCAAAAUGCCACGACGAAUAUUCUGUGCUGUACACGGAGACGACGACGGGAGAAGUUUCGACGAUCAUCAGAAAUCGUCGAAGCUGUUCCACGCCAACGAAACUAUUGUACAGACGCGAUAACGAUGCCAAACAUUAUUAUAUGUUAUAUUAAUACGAACACUGCUGCUACUACCGUUGCUACCGCCUUCUAUUCUCAUUCUCAAUUGUAUUCUCAUUUUUAUUCUUAUUAAUUAUUAUUGCUAUUGCUACUGCUAUUAUUAUUAUUAUUAUUAUUAUUAUUAUUAUUGAAAAUAUCGUUCAUUAUUCUCAGAUUACACGCUCCCCUUCACGUUACGUGUGUAAAAGAUGUUAUCUCCUUUUCUGUACAUGCACAUACAAAUGUAUCCUGAUUUUUCGCGCGCGAUUUCCACGAAUCAUUGUUAACUAUCAAUCGCAAUUGAUUCGUUUUGAUAUCGCGCUUCGAAUGUACGUACGUAUCGACCCAGUUUUCAAACGAGCCAGUAAAGUCCCUUACUCCCUUAUGUUAUAUACAUUGUACGAAGAACCACAGUCCAUACGUCGAACGAGCGAAGCGACGAAGCAAGUCGUCCGCGUAUCCACCUAAAUUACAUAUCCAUUGCGAUCAUAAGCGUUUAACCCGGAUACCGAGUUUACGAGUUUAUUCGAUAUUCCGAUUCGUUCGGGGAAAAAGCGUUGGGACCAAGUCACGUCGAUUCGUUCUCGCUUGCAUACCGAAUGUCGCUCAGUCAUCGAUCUAUCCGUAACGCUGCCGUAGUUAUCAGGAUCCCAGCGCGACGUUCAUCCGGCAGAAUCGAAACCGAAGGGAGUAGCCUCUAAUCUGCAACGACACCGAAUCGAUGAGGACGACGGGACGGGAACGGAGAUGGAACCGGGGAUCUCGUUCACGACACCCUCGCUGCCUCUAGCGCGAUCCACGGGCCGUAGAAACGCGCUGACGCAAGGGUUGCGAAACACGGAGGGAAAGAGAACGAGGGAGGAGGGUAGGAGGUAGGGAGAAUGCGAUAAAGAGGAAAGAGGAAGGAGACAAGGACGAAAUUCGCAGCCAGCAGAGAGAUGAGGCAACGCGCGAUGGUGGGUGGACGGCGCGAGGAACGAGGGUGCCUACGGCGCGAGGAACGGGAGACGCGAUAGAAUUCGAGUAGCUUUAAAGCAAGAUAUGCUCAUAUCUCGCUAUCGCACGGCAUACGGGCUCGGUUGGAACACUCCAUCCUCUUUAAGUUGCUCGACAGAGACACUAUCGCGUCGAUGGUUCCCCUUUAACGAAAAGCUCCUGGCUGAAUACAUAGGGCGUAGGGGGUGGGUCGCGCUGGCUUUAGAAUAUAAACCCUCUUCGCGGCCAGCAUCGCAUUCUCUCCGUUUCCCGCUUAUCGUCCGAGCCUUUUAUUUUCCGCUUUCGACGGACCUUUCUCUCGAUUUUUAGUCGCCUCCGUUCUUUCGUUACCAACUAUACUCGUUAUCUCAGCUGUUCUCCGAUUUCCUCGUCUCGAGUUUAUCCCUACGCUCCGUCCUUAACCGUUAGCUAGAUUUCCUAGGCUUUCCGUCCUCGCGAAAUCGAAACUGAUAUCGUUUCUUUCGUCUUCCAUCGAUUUUUCGCAACGACGUCUCUCUUUUCUCGUUGCUCGCUUCGGCCUACCCGGCCACCUAUAAACUCCCACUCCUGCGGAACUCGCGUUCCAUGUAGCUAAGGAGUCAUCCCCUUUAAGCUACGUACACUUAAAUAUGUAUGUACGUAUGUAUCUCUCCCGUUUCCGCCGCGUUUCCUCCCUCGAUCCCGGGGCUCUUUCCCUCUUGGCGGUUCGCAACUUCGAUCUAACUGGCCAGAAUUAACGGGCGGCGGCGGCGGGAACGGGAUACCGGCAACGAGAAUAUGCACAAUGUCAGAGAAUAAGAAUAGCUACGCACGGGGUCAGGAUGGCUGGCAGGCUCGAAAUCAAUUCGCCGCUGGUCAAAAUAAGUGCGUUCGAGUAGUGGGGCGGCGGCGGCGCAAAGGGUACGUAUGUACGAAUAUAUACAUGUACGCGAAUACAUGCCUCGAAAUCUCUCACACCGUCAGUUAAAGUCGUCGUCGAACGACAGGUCAGAGGUAGACGAAAGACAGUUAGAUACGCAGCGAGCGAGCGACCGACUGAUCGAUCGAUUCGUGGGUCCGAAGAGGGACGUCCGUAUCCUUUUUACCUAGGCUAUUACCCACUGAAACAAGAAUUUGCAAUUCCAUCGUGAGCGAACGCCGGGAGAGAAGAAACGCAAACGCGUCCGGAACGGAUCGAUGCGUCGAGCUCGUGCCGCUCUGCUCGCUUUCAGCCAGCCGCAGCCCGCAACGCGACGGGAACAUCCCGGAUUUGUACGUGUGUAUAUGUACCUAAUAAAUGCACAUACGCAUCUACGCCUGGCCGCGCUCCCACGCGUCGCAGAUUCAUUCUCGUUGUCAUUGUCUACGUCUUCGUCUACGUCUACCGUAUGCCGUGACGAUAACUAAUCGCAGCAUUCGUUUUGCUAAAUGUGCGUGAUGAGCGUCACGUUCCACUACUCGAACGAUAAACUGUAAACUAUAUAAAAUCGCGUUGUUUCUCGAUACUUGCUCGAUGCGAAAAAUGUUCAUCGACGACGAGCGUCCGGUUUGCCUUCGAUGUUCGAUCCCGUAGUCGCGUCCUCCGUUGAUUAACUCGGUUCGUGAAUUUGUUUGCCCUCGUCCUCGCAAUUUAAAUAUGUCUAUCAUCGAUCGUUUUAUGGAAUCCAAGAUUAAUACGGGUCAGCCGGCCGUUAGUUUGUCCAUUUUCGAACAAAGACAACGACGGAACCAACGAGUGUUUAUUCCACUCCAUGUUCGUGACGCACGUAUAACGGAAAACGGUAGAACCCAGAAGGAUAAGCAGUCGUAAAAAUAAUGACGAUACGAGCGGGGACGGGGCCGGUAACAACGUCAUAAACACGCGAGGAUGUCAUAAACUAGGCCCUUUUCCACGAAGUUUAAUGGGCCUUAAUCUUAAUUCGAGGCUCGACCGUACUUUUAAGACCGAUGGAGCACGGGACGCGCUCGUGACAGCCUUUCUCUGAUUUCAUUGUCGCGUCUGUAGUUUUAGCGUUAGUUAACUACUGCGAUUUUCAGCAGGUUUAUUCACACACGUGUUCUUCACGAGCUGCUCGACGCUCGCGAGAUUUCUCUAAUAACGUGUAUUCGAUCGGGAUCGGGACGGGAUUAUUCUCUUUAAUACGAGGAGGGUAGUCGAGAGGAGAUAACGCAACAACGUUCGUGUUCAUAUGUAUCACCCUGCGCGAUGUGGAAUGUGCCGGUGUGAGUCAUGUAAGUACAUGUACCAUGUAUUCAAAUGUAUUUUGUACAUACCAAAAGCAAUAUCUAUUAUCCGCUACAUACGUACAUACAUAUGAUGAGGCGCGAUGACGAGGACGAUGACUAUGAUAUGUAUGCGUGCAUGCGUGCGUGCGUGCGUGCGUGCGAUUGUUACAUAUUAUAUAUUAUAUACGUAAACUGGCAGGCAAGGAGAGAUACGCCUACGAACACACGAGCACACACGUACGUACACCCCAGAUACGUAAAGAGUAACACAUGUAUACAUACCUACGUACUUUCGAUCAAAUCAUGAUUUAAGUGGUAACGUACCAGCUCGGUUGUAAAUUACGGUAGCAUAGAUUAAAUAUGUACGUACAUAGGAUAUAAGGCGCUUUGUAAAGUGGUAGGCGUAGGUGCUGUGCAUCGCGUAUACAUAUGUGCACGUAUGAACAUGUGUACGUACACGAUAUACAGAUUAUGAGUAAACGAGAAGGAAAUCGGAGGAUGAAAGAAUGCGGGCGAACAAAGAGAUUUAAAAAGAAAUUAUUUGUCCGAAAGAAUAAUGUGUCUUAUACAUAUACAUGGCAAACAUGGGGGGGGGGUGCGGUUAGGGAGGGAGGGAAGAAUCGAUAUUUCUCGAGAAAGAAGAUCCAUCGGUUUUACGAAAUGCAUAAUAGGUGUGUUCCUUUUGUUAGAUGGAGUAAAAGUAAUACGAUGAUGCAUACAUAGUUUCGUAACGAUAUACAUACUUGACGACGACGAGGAGAAGAAAUACAAAAGAGAUAUAUCCUAGAUUACCGAAUCACGAGGUCUGCUUUGUCUUGUUAUAAUCAAAUACUUUAUAUUAUGUAGUCGACAGGUUGUCAUUAAACGUGUGAACAAACCUA